GACGUCAUCGUUUUCCACCCCGGAAGUCCCGUUAACGGCAGAGCGGUGUAGGACCACAUUAACACAGAAGUAUGGCUAGUAACGUGUGGAGGUCAAUGCUCUCUCACGUCGUGGGGGCGGCAAAGAGACCGACGGUAUGUUUCAGAAGGGGGCUGCAAACGGUUACAUUAAUUCCUGGGGAUGGAAUCGGUCCAGAAAUAUCUGUGGCUGUCAUGAAGAUUUUCGAGUCUGCUAAGGUUCCCAUCCAGUGGGAGGAGAGGAAUGUGACGGCUAUCCAGGGCCCAGGAGGUAGAUGGAUGAUCCCUCCAGACUGUAAGGAGUCUAUGGACAGGACCCUGAUCGGGUUAAAAGGUAUUCUCCGUGACCCCAUCGCAGCCGGCCACCCCUCCAUGAACCUGCUACUCAGGAAGACCUUUGACCUGUACGCCAACGUGCGUCCCUGCGUGUCCAUCGAGGGCUACAAGACCCCCUACACCGACGUGGACCUGGUCACCAUCAGAGAGAACACCGAGGGAGAGUACAGCGGAAUCGAGCACAUAAUUGUUGACGGCGUAGUUCAGAGCAUUAAACUCAUCACCGAAGACGCCAGUCGACGUAUCGCWGAGUACGCCUUUGAGUAUGCAAGAAAUAACCAAAGAAGCAGCGUCACGGCCGUUCACAAAGCCAACAUCAUGAGGAUGUCGGACGGGCUGUUCCUGAGGAAAUGCAGAGAGGUGGCUGAAAACUUCAAGGACAUCAAGUUUACUGAGAUGUACCUGGACACGGUGUGUCUCAACGUACGUACACUCCUUUACACUAUUCUUCCUACGUGCCGCUGUUUUGAUGCACAUCACGUUCUCUGUCUAAAGCCUAAUUUACCGCUUCAAUCGAAAGUCCGCUCCCGUCGGCGUGUUUCCCGCGCACCUCCCUUUGAAAGUUGUCCCUCUAACCCCUGUGGAAUCCAGGUCCACGGGACGGCCCCCGACAUAGCCGGUCUGGACAUGGCCAACCCUACAGCUCUGCUGCUCAGUGCUGUGAAGCUGCGUCACAUGGGCAUGCACGACUACGAGAAGAUCGAGACCGCCUGCUUCGACACCAUCAGAGACAAGAAGGUGCUGACCGGGGACCUUGGUGGGAAGUCGAAGUGCUCCGAGUCAGAGGAGAUCUGCCGUAGAGUGGAGACAUGGACUGAAAACGACCACUUGAUUUCUGAAGACUUCAUAAUAAUUCAAACGCUGCUUUGAACUUACUCCUAAGACUCUGGGGGGGUUCCAGGUUGUCAGUACUGCAGUUACGAUGUAGCUGCAUAUCUUAGAUUACUAUAUUAUAUUUAUGUAGGUUCCUGAGAAUGCACAAUUCUCCAGGUUUUCUAGAAAUAGAAAUUCGGUAAUUUGUGCAGUGUGACUGCAAUAAAUCACGACCUGGAACGCGCCCUAUAUGGAUGGGUAUUCACUCUUGAGGUGUAUUUAAGCACAAUUGUACUCACAUGAUCAUUUCAUGGGGCAAACUUCCCCAAAGUUAUUCUUGCCUCUAUACUACGUGGCACUCCACCUGUGUUGUCCGGCAGUGGUUCUGAUCAUUGCUAGGUUUUUUUUUAACGGUAAAUGUAAUGCUAACAGCUUCAAUGUACUCUUAUUUAUUGUUACCGGUCAGUUUCCUGUGCAUGAACGGAUUGUGUUGUACCAGUGUCUCAUGUCAUUAUGCUCUUUUCUGUUUCGAGAUCCAUACAUAAAAACUUGAUUACAUGA